AAAAGUAGAGGUUGUAGUCCUAUAGAGUUAAUUAGAUUCCAACUUUGAAGUGGCUCAUAAAAUUCCAUUAAUAAUGAAUGCUUCGAAUUUUAUAUUUCCUUGGCCUAUAUAACUAACCCCACCACUUUGUUUCAGGCACAUUGCAACCCAUUCCAAUUCCAACACACAAAAUCACAUUGAUCUCAAUUCUCAUCAAUGGCUCGCUCCUUCACUAACAUCAAAGCUAUCUCUACUCUUGUUGCUGAUGGUUUCUUCAAUUCUCUUACUAGACGAGGAUACGCGGCGGCAGCAACACAAAACACGACAAGAGGCGUAGCAACCUCCAUCAGCGGCAAGAUGGUAGCACAGAAAUCAGGGACAGACAAGGUGGCAAAUAAGGAAAAGGUGUCGUGGGUCCCAGACCCUGUCACUGGUUACUACAAACCCGAGAACACCAACGUGGUUGAUGUUGCUGACUUACGAGCCACGGUUUUGGGCAAAAAGUGAUUUAAAAUCAUUCUGUUUUAAACCGGUUGUUGGUUGUUGUUGGUGGUGAUUUUAAAUGGAGGUCGCGGGGGUGGCGUCUGGGUCUUGAGGUUGAUCUAGAUUUUAACUCUCUUUGUCCUUUUUUUUUUCUCAUAUGUAAACUUUAAAUUUAGAAAUGAAAUUGAAAUUAUGAUAUA